AUGGCGAGCGGGCAAGAUAUCACCCUCGCUGACGACAGCGAACUUCCGCCAGCGCCGCCCGUGCCGCCGCCGCCUUCACCGGAAGAGGAGGAGGCGCGCCGAUUGACCAAGGCAGUGUUCUCCAUGUACGACGCUGGAGGCACCGAGACAGUUGACGCGCAUCAUGUCGGUGACAUGGUGCGGCAGCUGGGCAUUUUCCCGAGCAGCGCGGAUCUGCAGAACAUUAAACUCGAGCUGCUAGAGCAUGGUGGGGAAUCCACGCUGACGUACGAGCGAUGGGAAGGGGUUAUGAGCGGCCUGAUCCUGAGCAGGCGCUAUCCACGCGACUCGGAGGAGCGAGCCUUUCGCGCGAUCGACACCAAGGGCGAGGGCUACCUGAAUCCUGAGUCUCUCCGGAAGCUCCUCACUUUGCGCGGCGACAAGCUGUCUGAGGCGCGAGGCGCGGAGUGCGAGGGGAGCACAACCAUCAUGCUACCGGGAGGAUAUUCUACAACGAGUAUGCCGCCGCUGUGGGUCCUUAGCCUUCCCGUCGCUGUCCACCCCUUGCCGCUGAUCAGGCCGUUAGGGUUCUCGUACUUGCAUGGGAAGAAGGAGCUCGAGUGCACGUGCACCAGCGCUCGAAAGUCGUAG